UGGCAACUGGUUUCUUUUUUUUUCAAGGUCUACUAAUCAGGAGCCAGGACAUGGCAAGAAUCUGCUUCUUAGGGAUGGCAGGUUCAAUUACCGGUGCUUGAAGGUUUACUGGUAAUAGCCUAAAAAAAUGGAAACACCACAUAUACCUAUUACACCAUCGAGGCGGUUCUCCUAACGGAAGUUCUGAAACUCGCAUUAUCGAUUUUUAUUUCCUCAAAGACCAAGCUCCAAAUGUUGGAACUUCAUUUCCGAAUUCUACGAUAACAAGUCCAUGUUGGUCUUGUAUAUGGUGCCGGCUUUUCUAUUCUGCCUUUACAAUAACCUUGUAUUUACAAACUUGGCAGCGUUUGACCAGACCACAUUCUACAUCUUCAUGCAAAUAAGGCUCCUUUUUACGGGUAAUGUGUUUCAAAUCAUGUUCAAAAGAUAUUUGAGCGAAAUGCAGUGGUACUCGUUAUGUCUAGUCACACUAGGAUGCGUGGUUCAGAAGUUGGAUUAUGCCACCAUUUCCAAGCUCUUCGGUCCAGUGGAUUUAUCAAUCCAAAACGUAUUCUACAACAGCAUCAGUUUUCUCCUGAUUGUGGUUCAACUGAGUUGUUCCGUCUGUGCCGGAGUCUACAACGAAUAUCUCAUAAAAGGAAACUCAGGCAAGAACGUGCACUUAAUGGUGCAAAAUGUGUACAUGUGCUUGGACUCUAUUUUCUGGAAUACGGUAGUCUUAUCCUACCAAGGCCAGUUGAUCACAGCCUUCAGCAUGCCUUCUUUGGCGUCCAUCGCACAAACCCUGGUGAUCCUGAUCAUUGUCAAUAACGCGUGUGCGGGCAUUAUUACUUCAAUGUUUUUGAUGAAUCUCAACUCCAUCGCAAAGGCCUUUGCAAGUGCCAUUGAAAUAGUCUUCACUGCCAUGUUGAGCUAUUUGCUUUUCGACAUUCCCAUUUAUGUCAAUACUGUGAUAUCAGUGAUGAUCUCGUCCUAUGCCAUUGUCGUGUAUGCGAAAAACCCUGUCAAGAAUCCCCCUGUUAAAUCAUAUUUGCCCAAUGCUGACAAGAGAGAUACGAGUUUGAAAGAGAAGUUGCUGGAAAAUACUCCGAGUGUGUAACAACUAGGGCCUUUCAUGCGAUGUUCUCAUGGCUUUUUGAAGGUCAGCGCUACUGGUCACCACUCAGUUUGGCCUUUCUGGCACAUUCUUUUCCGUUUGGUGCUACUUUUGAAGAAUCAUACCUCGGUAGACCUCAUUUGGUCAAUUUGGUCGGAAAUGGCAUAGCCCCAAUAUUCGUUCAAUGUGGCAUCUGGCAUUCGAGAAAGCAAGUUUGUAUUCUAGCUGUGUUGGGCAUUGUCUAUAUUCAUUGAACUAACUAAAGAAAAAUGCCAAUGAUCGUUUCGUUGAUUGCACGAAUCAGUAAAAUUAGAGGAGAAUCAAGAAUCCGUUUAUCAUAAUUCAUAACGUUAGCAUUCAAUUCAUGAAUUCAAAAUAAAUAUAGAAUGUUCUUACUCCCUCGCAAAAUAUGACCUACUUAAUCGUCUCUGUCAGCAAUAAAUCGAUCAUUACCUUUGAAAUUCCUCAUCAGCGCUCUGGAGUUUGCUCCGGCAUUCCUCGAUAUCCUAAUUUGAUUCGGCUCGCCAAACAGUCAACGUCCGGGUCAAUUUCUCCUCCAACUUGGAUAGUUCUGAUAUACUCGUUUUAAUCUAAGAAAAGCCCGACUUA